AUGGGUGGUGGUAUGUUUACCAGGAGCAAUUCGGAAUCUCGUCGGGUCGUUCCGGAAGACCCUCGUGGAAGACCCACCAUGAAGGUCGUUUAUGUGGUGCUCGAAUCGCAGUACCAAUCUUCCAUGACGGCUGCCGUCAAGCGAAUCAACGCGGGAUCGGACAAUAUGGCCGUCGAAUGUGUUGGUUACUUGCUAGAGGAACUCCGCAACGAAGACGCCUUUGAGCAGUUCAAAAAGGAUGUGGCCGACGCCAAUAUUUUCAUCGGCUCCCUCAUUUUUGUGCAGGAGCUCGCCGAAAAGGUCGUCGAGGUAGUAGAACCCCAACGGGAACGUCUCGAUGCCUGUCUCGUUUUCCCUUCCAUGCCGGAAGUCAUGCGUCUUAAUAAGGUGGGAACCUUCACUAUGAAAAACUUGGGACAGUCCAAGAGUGUCGUGGCUGAUUUCAUGAAGAAGAAGAAGCAGGAAGAUGGUUCCAGUUUUGAGGAAGGAAUGUUGAAGCUCCUGCGUACCCUUCCCAAGGUUUUGAAAUUUCUUCCCAGUGACAAGGCCGCGGACGCGCGUACCUUUAUGAUGAGUUUCCAGUACUGGCUCGGGGGAUCCCCAGAAAAUCUCGAAUCUCUCCUGAUCCAAAUCGGACAGGAUUACGUCGCCCCCAUCCAAGAAUCUAUGAAGGGAAAAGACAAGGUCAAAGCGGAGGACCCCGUCUUGCUACCUGACAAGGCCAUUUGGCACCCGGUUGCUCCCGAUAUUGUGUUUGAAAACAAUCAAAAGUACUUUGAAUGGUACAACAACGAAUUCUGCCCCGACGCCGGUAUCGACCCCAAAACGGCCCCAACGAUUGGUAUUAUCCUCCAAAAGUCCCACAUUAACACCAAGGACGACACACACUACGUUUCGCUCAUUUCCGAGCUCGAAAGCCGUGGCGCCCGUGUCGUUUCCAUCUAUUCGGGAGGUUUGGAUUUUUCCGGACCUGUCGAGGAAUACUUUUAUGAUUCCAAUGGCAAGCCGAUUGUGGACACUGUCAUUAACUUGACUGGGUUCGCCCUCGUCGGAGGACCGGCUUCGCAGGAUCACGCCAAGGCUUCACAGGUUCUCAAAAAGUUGAAUCGUCCGUACAUGUGCGCUGUGCCCCUAGUCUUCCAGUCGUUCGAGGAAUGGCAGUCAUCCGAACUCGGACUCCAUCCGAUUCAGGUUGCUCUGCAAGUGUCUUUGCCCGAAAUUGAUGGAGCUAUCGAACCCAUUAUUUUCGCUGGUCGCGAAGGUGCUACGGGACGUAGUGUUCCGCUCGCCGAUCGUGUCAACCUUUUGGCCGAUCGGUCUCUGAAGUGGGCCAACCUCCGCUCCAAGCCAAAGUCUGAAAAGAAGAUUGCCAUAACCAUCUUCUCCUUUCCUCCGGACAAGGGCAAUGUUGGAACUGCCGCCUACCUGGAUGUUUUUGAUUCCAUCAAGGCUGUUUUGGGACAGCUCAAAUCGGAAGGAUACGACGUAGGUGACGCUCCCAUGAACAAGGAAGCCAUCAUGGCUUCCGUCCUGGACGAUCCCGAAGCAAAAAUUUCUUCACCCGAGCUCAAUGUUGCGUACCGCAUGAGCACCGAAGAAUAUUACGAGUUGACCCCGUACGCGACGGAUUUGGAGGAAAACUGGGGACCGGCACCUGGUAACCUCAACUCGGACGGUCAAAACCUGGUAGUGUACGGAAAGCAGUUUGGCAACGUCUUUAUCGGUGUCCAGCCUUCCUUUGGAUAUGAGGGCGACCCGAUGCGAUUGCUUUUCGCCAAAUCCGCGAGCCCCCAUCACGGCUUCGCCGCAUACUAUACGUACUUGGAGAAAAUCUUCCAAGCCGACGCUGUUUUGCAUUUCGGAACGCACGGAUCUUUGGAAUUCAUGCCAGGCAAGCAGGUAGGUAUGUCCGGCACCUGCUACCCCGAUCGUCUGAUUAACUCGCUGCCAUCCGCCUACUUGUACGCUGCCAACAACCCGUCAGAAGCCACGAUUGCCAAACGUCGCUCGUACUCUGCUACAGUCUCGUACCUGACGCCGCCGGCGGAGAACGCCGGUCUCUACAAGGGACUGAAGGAACUAAAAGAGCUCAUCGCCUCUUUCCAGGGUCUACGCGGAAACGAAGGACGCGGCGCCGCUAUUGUCAACUCUAUUGUCUCAACCGCCUGGACCUGCAACUUGGAUAAGGACAUUGAUCUUCCCAGUCUCGAAACGUACGAUGCCGCCAAGGACACUGCCGAAAACCGUGACAGUAUUGUGGGACAAGUUUAUUCUCAGAUUAUGCAGAUCGAAAGCCGUCUCCUCCCUUGUGGCCUGCACACUGUUGGGGUGCCACCGACCGCUGAAGAAGCCAUCGCGACCUUGGUUAACAUUGGUCAGCUCGAUCGACCGGAAGACAAAAUUGAAGGACUUCCUCGGGUGAUUGCCUCAUCGGUUGGUCGUGAGAUCAACGAAGUCUACCGUGGGAACAACCAAGGUGUCCUAACGGAUGUCGAGCUAAACGAGAAGAUCGUUAUGGCUUCCCGUGCUGCUGUCCGCGCCUUGGUUAUGCAAUCAACCGGCUCUGACGGACGUGUCAAGGAAGUCAAAUCCGCCUUUGACGAAAUGAGUGCCAUGUUUGGAAAGAUGAUGGGUCAGAAAAAGCCCUGGACAAAAGCAAUUAUUGAUGCCGGUUUCCCCGAUGUGAACGAGGCUCGCCUUGACCCUGUUAUCACAUAUCUUGAGUUCUGCCUCAAGCAAGUUGUGGCAAACAAUGAACUCGGAGGAAUAAUGGAGCUUUUGAACGGAGAGUUUUUGAUGCCCGCCCCUGGUGGCGACCCUAUCCGCAACCCUGCAGUCCUACCUACUGGACGCAAUAUGCAUGCACUUGAUCCAUCCUCUAUUCCCACAGCAGCUGCUGUAGAAGUUUCGCAGGACGUUGUUCGAAAACUUCUCGAAAAGCUUCGGGACGAGAACGAUGGUGCCUUCCCCGAAAGUAUUGCCUUUACUUUGUGGGGUACCGACAACAUCAAGACCUAUGGGGAAUCGCUCGCGCAGGUGCUCGCUCUAGUCGGUGUCCGCCCGGUUGCUGAUUCUCUUGGACGCGUCAACAAGGUCGAACUUAUUCCUUUGGAAGUCCUUGGACGUCCCCGUAUCGACGUUGUCGUUUCAUGCUCCGGUGUCUUCCGUGAUCUUUUCAUCAACCAAAUGAAUUUGAUGGAUCGUGGAAUCAAAAUGGCUGCCGAAGCUGAUGAACCUUUAGAAAUGAACUUUGUCCGGAAACACGCGAUGGAGCAAGCCGAAGAACUCGGAGUCUCACUCCGUGACGCCGCCGCUCGCGUCUUCUCGAACUCUGCCGGAUCAUACAGUGCUAACGUAGGCCUCGCCAUUGAGAAUGGUGGAUGGGAAGAUGAAGGCCAGCUUCAGGAGCAGUUCUUGACGCGCAAGGGCUUUGCGUUUAACGCCGAUAAGCCUGGUAUGAUGGAACAGCAGGCUGCUCUUUUCAAGAGCGCUUUGAAGACUGUUGACGUUACCUUUCAAAACUUGGACUCGUCUGAAAUUUCGAUUACCGAUGUUUCGCACUACUACGAUUCUGAUCCUACUAAGGUUGUCCAAGGUCUCCGUGACGAUAAAAAGAAACCCAUGUCGCUUAUGGCUGAUACCACCACCGCCAACGCUCAAGUCCGUACAUUGUCCGAAACCGUUCGACUCGACGCCCGUACUAAGCUAUUGAAUCCGAAAUUCUACGAAGGUAUGCUUUCGACAGGAUAUGAAGGUGUCCGUGAAAUCCAGAAGCGUCUCCGCAAUACUAUGGGAUGGUCCGCGACCGCCGGCGAAGUCGAUAACUUUGUAUUUGAGGACGCCAACAGCGUGUUUAUUGAGGAUGCCGAGAUGCAAAAGCGUCUUCUCGACACGAAUCCCAACGCUUUCAGAGAUAUGGUGACCACAUUCUUGGAAGCGAAUGGUCGCGGAUACUGGGACACGUCGGAUGAGAAUAUUGAGCGUCUUCAGGAGCUGUAUGCGGAGGUGGAAGACCGCAUCGAAGGUGUAUAA